AUGGGUGCGCAGUUGAAGCUUGCUGCGUGUGUUACUGGGAUCUACGCUACAUUUUUGACCUGGUCACUGGUACAUGAGCCACUUACAACUCGAGAAUGGCCUAAUUCACAAGCUAGGUUCCAGGCACCUUGUGUGAUGGGCCUAGUUCAGGCCGCCGUCGCUGCCACGGCCGGAGCCCUGUACUUGCGGCACGCAAAAACUGGAUACAGCAUGCGAGAAUUCUGGAGGGGUAGCUACAAAGAUCUGCUGGCGAUCUCCUUUACGCAGAGCGUCUCGAGUCCCUUGGCCACCUACGCGCUGGGGUACGUGGACUUCCUGACCUACAUGCUGGCCAAGAGCUGCAAACUGAUUCCUAUUCUAGUGGUGCAUCUCAUGUUGUACCGCACCGAAAUCGCAAGGGACAAAAAAAUAGUGGCUGUGGCUGUCACCGUCGGCGUCGUGAUUUUCAACGUGGGCUCGGCAGGCCCAGCAGCCAAAGUUAGCCGAGGGGACAGUGUGAGCUUGAUCUACGGAUUUCUCCCUCUGGCCCUGAGCCUGCUACUAGACGGUUUCACCAAUGCGACCCAGGACACAAUGCUGAAACGCAAUAGGGCCCAACAGGGCAGCAAGCCCAUCACGGGCGGCCAUUUGAUGCUGGGGCUCAAUAUUUGUAUUGUGCUAUGGAAUCUCUUGUAUUUGGCGGUAUGCGACCGGCAGCAGAUUCGUGGGGCAAAGGCGCUGAUUGCCCAGGAUCCGCAUGUCGCUGCGUAUCUGCUGACCUACGCGGCAUGUGGCGCACUGGGCCAAAUCUGUAUUUUCUACACAUUGCAAAACUACGGCUCGCUGGUUCUAGUGAUGGUGACGGUGACACGAAAGAUGGUUUCGUUAAUUCUGAGCAUAGCAGUGUAUAGCCACCACGUCACUAAGCUGCAAUGGCUGGGCAUAUUUAUAGUGUUUGGUGGGAUUACCGGUGAGGCGGCUCUCAAACGUCAGACAGCUGUGAGAGAGAAGUCUGAUUGA